CUUCCCCACCAACGCUUCUGCUCUUCCCAUACCUCAACAGACCAGCACCGCUGCCAUCUUUUCGAGAGUUUAACCCUCGAAUUCCUUCACUCCAUCGCAUCUACAACACAUACUUGCUACGCUCGUAAACUCAUUCAAAAUGAGAGAAAUCAUCAGCAUCAACGUCGGCCAAGCUGGUUGCCAGAUUGCUAACUCGUGCUGGGAGCUUUACUGCCUUGAGCACGGUAUCCAGCCAGAUGGAUACUUGACCGAAGAGCGCAAGGCCGCCGAGCCUGAUCAGGGGUUCAGCACCUUCUUCUCCGAGACUGGUCAGGGCAAGUACGUUCCCCGCACCAUCUACUGCGAUCUCGAGCCCAACGUGGUCGAUGAGGUCCGCACCGGUACCUACCGCAGCCUUUUCCACCCGGAGCACAUGAUUACCGGCAAGGAGGAUGCGUCCAACAACUACGCCCGUGGUCACUACACCGUCGGAAAGGAGCUGAUCGACCAGGUCCUCGACACCGUCCGCCGCGUUGCCGACAACUGCUCUGGUCUCCAGGGUUUCCUCGUCUUCCACUCCUUCGGUGGUGGAACCGGAUCUGGUUUCGGAGCCCUCCUCAUGGAGCGUCUGUCCGUCGACUACGGCAAGAAGUGCAAGCUCGAGUUCUGCGUCUACCCAGCCCCACAAACCGCCACCUCGGUCGUCGAGCCAUACAACUCCAUCCUCACCACCCACACCACCCUCGAGCACUCUGACUGCUCCUUCAUGGUCGAUAACGAGGCCAUCUACGACAUCUGCAGACGUAACCUUGGACUCGAGAGACCCAACUACGAGAACCUGAACCGCCUGAUCGCCCAGGUCGUCUCCUCCAUCACCGCCUCCCUCCGCUUCGACGGCUCCCUCAACGUCGAUCUCAACGAGUUCCAGACCAACUUGGUGCCAUACCCCCGUAUCCAUUUCCCUCUCGUCGCCUACGCCCCAGUUGUCUCCGCAGCCAAGGCAUCCCACGAGGCCAACUCCGUCCAGGAGAUCUCCAUGUCGUGCUUCGAGCCCCACAACCAGAUGGUCAAGUGCGACCCCCGCAACGGAAAGUACAUGGCCACCUGCCUCCUGUACCGUGGUGACGUUGUCCCCAAGGACGCCCACAGCGCUGUUGCCACCCUCAAGACCAAGCGCACCAUCCAGUUCGUCGACUGGUGCCCAACUGGUUUCAAGCUUGGUAUCUGCUACCAGCCACCCCAGAUGGUCCCCAACGGUGACCUCGCCAAGGUCAACCGUGCCGUCUGCAUGUUGUCCAACACCACCGCCAUCGCCGAGGCCUGGUCCGCUCUCUCCCACAAGUUCGAUCUCAUGUACUCCAAGCGUGCCUUCGUCCACUGGUACGUCGGUGAGGGUAUGGAGGAGGGUGAGUUCUCUGAGGCCCGUGAGGAUCUGGCUGCUCUCGAGCGCGAUUACGAGGAGGUUGCUGCCGACUCCCUCGAGGGUGAGGAGAUCGAGGCCGAGUACUAGAUGCUCUCUGGCAAGAAUAAUUGUUUUGUGCAGGUUAUAAUCUAUGGAGUACACUUUGGCUGUGGAAUGGAGCUGGAUGAUGUUCUUUAGGGAGCGUUCUAUGGCUUUUUAUUCAUGGUCAGUUUGGUGUCUAGAAUGUUUGCUCGGCGGUCUUUGCUAAAUAGCGAAGCGCCUUCCUUUUCUCAACAGAAUGAAUGAUACUCAAUUGCUUUCGAAUGCAAUAAAUGUAGCUCCCGCUUUGUACCCAUGGUGACGUGAUACCGUGUAGAUGUAGUGUAGCAGAAUGGUUAAAGAACAAUUCCGU